GAGUGGGCUCAUGUGGGGCGGUUACCAAUCUACAACGAUGCAGAGAUUGCAAGAACUUUCCCACUUUCCAAUUGCAAAGCAUAAGUACCCUUGAAUGGAUACAUACGGAAGGUGCCCCUUUUGGGUUUUGGUUAUUAUUCUCUCUCUUUUUACUCUCAAAUCCCCAGUCCCAACUCCCAACUAAGAAAAGCACCGCACCCAUAUAUUACAGCAACAAAAGCUGCCCUCUUUCUUUGGCUUUGUUGAGGUUUCAACUUUCAAGUAUUCUCUUCUCUUCUAGCUGGUUAAGGCCCCACUCAUUGUUCAACGCACAAGACAUUCAGAAGUUGAUACAGAACUUCUAGAACUACCAGUAACUACCAAGAGCCUAUGGUAUAAUGCAGCUGUAUCAUCAUCCAUACUCUCUUGAUAGUCAAAAGGUCAGACUUGCAUUGGAAGAGAAGGGUAUUGAUUAUACCUCAUACCAUGUAAAUCCCAUAACAGGAAAAAACAUGGACUUGUCCUUCUUCAGGAUGAAUCCGAGUGCAAAACUCCCUGUUUUCCAGAAUGGCGCCCACAUCAUAUUUGACACUAUUGAGAUAAUCCAGUACGUUGAGAGAAUCUCAGUUGUAACUUCAGGGACUGAUGACCUCAGUAUUACCAGCGGAAAAGUUGUUGAAUGGAUGAAGAAGAUUCAAGGCUGGAAUCCUAAGUUUCUUACGCUCAACCACAUUCCAGAUAAAUACCGCCACACUGUAUCCAAAUUCAUCAGGCGGGUUGUGAUUGCUCGCAUGGCUGAAUCUCCCGAUCUAGCUAGUGCUUACCAUCGUAAGCUAAAAGAAGCAUACGAGACUGAGGAUAAGUUGAAAAACCAGGAAGUUUUGAAAUGUAGCAGAGAACAUCUUAUCAGACUUCUUGAUGAAGUUGAAAUAAAACUGAAUGAAACAAAAUAUUUGGCCGGGGAAGAGUUUACUAUGGCAGAUGUGAUGCUCAUUCCAGUACUGGCUCGUUUGGUGCUCUUGAAUUUGGAAGACGAAUACAUAAGUUGCCGGCCAAGUAUCGCGGAAUACUGGGUUUUGGUACAGCAGAGACCUAGUUAUAAAAAGGUAGUUGGGAAGUACUUCAGUGGCUGGAGAAAGUACAGAACACUGGUAAAAACCUGGUGCUGUAUUCGUCUCAGAAGUAUGUUGAGGAGGUAUUAAUGAAUAAAAAAGCAUGGCUUAGAGAGUUUUUGAAUUGUGAAUAUUCUGACAUUUUCGGGUUAUGAAUGAGUAAAUAAAAUGAAGGGUAUGUAAUUUCGUUUCU